UGCGCACCUAUCAACACCAUGGAGAUUUCUGAACUGAGGAUUUCUUUUAAUGUGCGGGUUUUGCUGCUUUUGCUCCUAUGGGCAGGUGCACGCGCAUUUAACUUGGACACAAAAAACGUGUUGAGGAAGAACGGGGAUCCUGGCAGCCUCUUUGGUUUCUCUGUCGCACUGCACCGGCAACUCCAUCCGGUGGAUAAGAGAAUACUUCUUAUUGGAGCUCCCAGGGCCAAAGCUUUACCUAAUCAGCUUGCGAACAUCACUGGGGGUUUGUACAACUGUGACAUCACCACUCAUAUGGAUGACUGCAAUCGUAUUGAAUUCGACAACGAUGCUGAUAUGCGUGUGGAGAGUAAAGAGAAUCAGUGGAUGGGGGUGACGGUGCAGAGUCAGGGGCCAGGAGGAAAGAUUGUGACUUGCGCCCACCGAUAUCAACGGCGGCUGUUUGUGAACACACCACAGGAGUCACGGGACAUUACUGGCCGUUGCUACGUUCUCAGUCAGGAUUUUAGUAUUGAUGGCCAGUCAGAUGAAGACGGUGGCAACUGGAAAUUUUGUGAAGGUCGUGCCAGGGGUCACGAGAGGUUUGGUGCCUGUCAGCAAGGUUUGGCUGCAACUUUCACCAAAGACUACCAUUACGUCAUCUUUGGAGCCCCAGGAGCGUACAACUGGAAAGGUAUAGUCCGAGUAGAGCAGAAAAACAACACUCUCCUGGAAAUGGGUUUUUAUGAUGAUGGCCCAUAUGAGGUUGGGGAUGAAAGCCGUUUGGAUCCAGAACUCGUUCCUGUCCCUGCUAACAGUUACCUAGGUUUCUCUCUGGAUUCUGGCCACAGCAUUACUGAGAAGGGCAAACUGAUUGUGGUGUCUGGAGCACCGAGAGCCAAUCACAGUGGCGCAGUGGUGCUGCUGAGGAAGGAGGGGGAGGUGUCCACCAUGCUGUCGCCUGAGUAUGUCCUACAAGGACCUGGACUUGCCUCUUCAUUUGGAUACGAUGUGGCAGUUGUGGAUCUUAAUGCAGAUGGAUGGCAGGACAUUGUGGUGGGAGCUCCUCAGUUCUUUCAGAAAGAUGGUGAGGUAGGAGGAGCAGUCUAUGUCUACAUCAACAAGGCUGGAAAGUGGAAUGCCGUCGUCCCCACCCGCCUCAAUGGAACUAAAGACUCAAUGUUUGGAUUGGCGGUGGAGAAUAUUGGGGACACCAAUCUGGAUUCCUAUGAAGAUAUUGCAGUGGGUGCUCCUUAUGCCGAUGCAGGCUCUGGUAGAGUGUACAUCUAUCAUGGAGCAGCUUAUGGCAUUAACACCAAACCAGCUCAGAUCCUGGAAGGUAGACCUCAUGGCAUAAACAUGUUUGGCUAUUCAUUGGCUGGAAACAUGGACUUGGAUGACAACUCCUACACAGAUCUUGCUGUUGGCUCUCUGUCUGAUGCUGUGUUUGUAUACAGGGCCAGACCUGUCAUCAGUAUAAAAAUGGAAAUCAAGGUUACACCAAAGGAAAUUGACCUGACAAAGAAAACGUGUGGAAACAGUAUUUGCUUAAAUGUUGACGUCUGCUUUACCUAUAAAGCAAAUCCUGUUACUUACAACCCCAAACUGACCAUUUCCUACGUGCUUGAGACAGAGUCACAACGCAGAAAGCAGGGGUUGCACUCUAGGGUGUCCUUCCUGGACAAAAAGCCAACUGAUCAAGAUUUCCAGUCUACAGGCAUGCUAGAGCUAAGAGGGCAAAACAAAAAAACUUGUCACAAAGUCAAACUCCGACUGCAGGAGAACAUCAAGGAUAAACUGAGAGCAAUACCCAUUGAGGUUUCCUGUGCCAUCGAGAGUGCCAAGAGAGGGAAAGGUUCGACUUCAUUACCAGACCUGGUACCUGUAUUGGACUCAAAUAUACCAAACAAGACCAGCACUGAAGUGAACUUUCUGAAGGAGGGCUGUGGUUCUGACAACAUAUGUCAGAGUAAUCUGCAGCUCCAGUACAGAUUCUGUUACAGAGAAUCCAACCAGGACAUAUUUCCUCCAUUACCUAUGAAGAAUGAUAUUGCAGUGGUAUCAUUGAGUGACCAAAAAGACAUUGCUCUGGAGGUAACAGUGAAGAAUAGAAAUGGAGAUGAUGCUCAUGAAGCCAAACUAACAGGAUGGUUUGGUGAUUCGCUUUCAUAUUCUGGAUUCAGAUCUCAGAAGACUACAGAAAAGCAUGUGAUCUGUGCAGCCAAUCAGAAUGGCUCACAAGUGGACUGUGAACUGGGGAACCCAUUCAAACGUGAUUCUGAAGUUACUUUUUACAUUAUCCUGAGCACUGCGAGGAUCUCACUGCACACCACUGAGGUUGAGGUUGACCUCAAGCUAGAGACGACAAGUCUGCAGGGGGGAUUAGAGAGGGUGAGGGCUAAAGCCAAAGUCAAGAUUGAACUGCUGCUAUCAGUGCAAGGAGUUGCCAAGCCCUCACAGGUGUAUUUUGGUGGGAAUAUCAGAGGAGAAAGCGCCAUGAAGUCAGAGGAAGAAGUUGGGAGUUUGAUUGAAUAUGAAUUUAGGGUAAUGAAUUUAGGCAAGCCACUGAAAUCCUAUGGUACAGCCUACAUCAAUAUCCAGUGGCCUAAAGAAAGUGCGGUGGGGAAAUGGCUUCUGUAUCUUGUGAAGAUCACAUCAAAGGGGCUGGAAAAGAUCAACUGCUUACCAGAGAAUGAGAUCAACCCAAACAGCCUGAUUGAAGGAUCCACAUUCUCAAGAAGGAAGCGUCAGACAGAGCCAAGCAGGACAUCUGAAGGGACCAAAAUAUCGCUCUUCACAGAUAAAAGAAAACACAAAACACUGUCAUGUGCUGGGGAUGCGAAAUGUGUGGACAUCAAGUGCCCUCUACAGGGACUAGACAGUAGUGCACACAUUGUACUGAGGUCUCGCCUUUGGAACACAACUUUCCUUGAAGAUUAUGCCUCAUAUAAUUAUCUUGAAUUGAUAGUGAAAGCCUCAAUCAGUCUUGAUGUUUCUGCUAAGAACAUUGUGCUGAAAAAUCCUGAGACACAGGUGAGAUUGACUAUCUUCCCUGAAGAUACGGUGGCUCACUAUGGUGGAGUGCCAUGGUGGAUAAUACUAGUGGCUGUAUUAGUGGGAAUACUGAUGCUUUCUCUGCUAGUACUUCUACUCUGGAAGUGUGGAUUUUUCAAACGUUCCAAGUAUGAUGACAGCAUUCCGAAGUACCAUGCGGUAAGGAUUCGUAAGGAGACACGCCACUUUUCAGAUGAAAACAUGAUGUUUGAUCCAUUUGAGAAGAAGCAAUGGAUGACUACAUGGAGUGAGAAUGAAAGUUACUCCUGAGACUUUUGUAUUGCUAAUGUGAGAGAUGAUAGGACUUCUGUUUUCCAUUAAAUACAAUGGAGCUUGGACUCAGGACUUUGCACAGUCUGGCGUUAAAAUGAAGAAACUAAACAAAAGACUCCUUUCAUGCACUGGUUUUGUUACACAGCAACGGUGUCAGUCUUAAAACACUCAGCAAAUGACUAAAGUGUAAUGAUGUAUAAUUAGGGGAUAUUUUUCUUUUGAUUUUUGUAUACAGAGUAAGGAGCAGUCUUUAAAAUACACACAUUUGUACAAUUCUGGAUGAUUACUGGACUACUGUAACUGAUUUUAAAUUUGUAAAUAUUGAACUGUACUUGCAAAGUGAUUAUUUAUUUUUUUUCGUCUUAUUUGAUUUAGCCAAAGUUUUUCUUUUCCUAAAACUGUGAAAUUAGAAAUUAAGCAGAUUAUAUGGAUAAAAUAACCUGAUAUGCACAAUGGAUGAAAGCAGUCUAGCGUACUGUAUGGCACGGUUUUAUAUGUGAACAGUACAAUAUGUUUUACCUUAUGCUGUCUGUGAGUUUUGCUGCUGAGUAGGUAUUAGAUUAAAAAUAAAUGAACAGAUGUGUCUAUGAACGGCACAGAUAAACUACAGUUUGGCACAAAAAAGACAUCAUACAAAACAAGUGAGAAUACACAUCCAGGAAUACAUGUGACUUCUGUGAGCUUCAGUGCUCGUAGGUGUGUGUUUCAGAAGUCCAUUUGAUUUUACAUAAGAAUAAUUCAGGAGGCUUACUUAACAGGAAAUUUGGUAGCUCAAAUUGUAUGGAUUGACUGAAUAUAAUUGAAAAGGAAAUGAUCUGUAUGCAUUUGCAUAUUUUUUGGUCUUCCUUCUUAAUUGGGUUGCUCUGUUGUGUGAUCUGAAGCAGUAAAUCUAUAAUUUGUUCUCAGCAAGGGCGUAACUUUGGGUUCAAAAUUAGGACGGUUGAGAUCUCCACCCAUGUAGGGGGUGUCCGAGGACAGUAAGCGCCUGUUUCACAUUUAUUUUAAAACCAAGAGACAUACCAAAACAACAUGCUUUACAACUGCUGUACUGUUGAAUAGUGGUAAAAUAAUUCACCACAUAGCAUACCUCCUGAUGGGGAAGAUUUUUAUUUUGUUGAUUUAAAGUCAUUGGAUGGUCUUUUAUGCUUUCUCUUUUCAUUGUGUAUGUGCUUCUAUUGCUUGUGCCUGCAAUUACAGCUGAAUGGACAAAACACACAGGGGUGGGGUGGGGGCUGAGGAAUGUUAUUUUUAUUUGUCCAUUACAUUGGAUCAGGAAAAACAAUCACAUUAUCAUGUUUUGUAACAGUCAGUAAUUUUAAUUUAUCAUUAAAUGAUAUGAUAUUUUGGGGGGAUUGUAUUGGCCAGUUUUGAUUAUUUGGGAGUUACAAUCCCCUCCCCUCCCCCAGUAAAUUACGCCAAUGACUCAUUGUCCAUUUUGUAGAUGCACCUACUGUCGUCAAGACCAAUAAGCCAUAAAAAGCAAAAUAGGACUUACUGUUAUAGGAAAAUAGUCAAUGAAGUGCUGGUGUGAUGCCAUUACCACCCAUAACACAGCAGGUACUACACUGUUUUACCCCCUUUUUAGACCACUGAUUGCAGAUUUAUUAACUAAUGUAAAACACAUCAUACUGUCUGUUGCUUUAUUGUUACAUAUUAAGUUUUUUUUAUUUAUCAGAGAGACUACAAAUCCCUCUGUGCUAAAGUCUUUCCUGUGGCAGAAAGCAUGAUUCUUUUGUUCAGCUUUAGCUUUGACUGACACUGUGACUCCUUCCAAACAUGUAAAAUACAUGUAUCAUCACAGAAAAAUACCAUAUCAGUUAUUAGAAUAGAUUUUAUGUGGAAAGUCUGCCAUACAUGUACUUAAACAAUAACAUACAGUAUUAGGACGUGUAUCUUAAUAUAUUACCAUGCAGCUGGAGCUACCGUCGAAGUGGCGCUAUGGAAAAUCAAACAACACAACCUUAACAGCACUGCGGAAUAAACAGCCAUCAAGUUUGCAAUUACUGUUGGGCAUUUUAGCACUAGUAUUUUAUAUAGAAAUAAAACAGGUGCAGGGCAUGUUCGCUUUUCCAGCAACCUUUGAAGUGGUUUACCAAAACAUUGGUAUUAGCUGGAUGCUACUACGCAUGCUUAAAAUAAUUUUAAUGAGUAUUAUGUAAUCAUUCCUAAACACAAUGUAGGGACUUUAUUAUGUAUGUUUAAUAUGAAUGUACAUAUUCAUUUACUAUGCAGAGUUUGUGGUAGUUUAAAACAGAUUAAAAACUAAAGUUGGAUGUUAACUUUUUUUCAUUUUAUAUUACACAUUUAAAUUCAGGUCAUGUAGCAUGUACACCGAUACAUGGUAAAAAAACGAUUUCUCCAGAAAUAUGUAGCCAUUACUUACCAGAUGGCAUAUAAGUGCUAAUAAAUGGAAUACACUGUGCAUUUGACUCAUGGAGGCCUGGAGAUGCAUGCAGUUCAGCUGAGUUACAUGUGUGUUAUAAAUUGUAUUGAAUGUAUUUUUCUAGGUGUUGCACUGCACCAGACAAGACUGAACAGUU